AUGGCAGUCACCAGCAAGGGCACCUGGGAGGCGGCCUCUGCUCCACCCCGAGGUUGCCUGAGCCGGGAGGUGAUCCGCAUGCCAGGGCUCUUAUCCGUUCCCCAAGGCCCUGGUGGGCUGAGCCAGAUCCCAGACGCUCAGGUAUCAGGCUGGCUACUUGCUGCCAGCAGCAAGGGCAGGAGGGCCCUUCACAAGCCCCUGCUGUGUGCCACACCCGGGGACGCCUCGGCGCGGCUCCCCAACCCCCCACACGCACAGAGCAUGAGCUCACAGCCAUGGCUUGGGGGGGUAUGGGGCAGGGCUCGGGGGGGCCCUGUGGGGGCCCUAACCCUGACAGCUCUGGCUGAAGAGAUCCGGGCCAACCAGGGGCAGCCCCUAGGACCCUCUUCCAUUGACCCUCAGCCUGAUCCUGAACUUGAACCUGAGGCAGAGCCUACGGGUGUCACUGCCAUCCCCACAGCCCGCCCUGUGCCCUGCUCUCUGCCCAGGGUGCAAGAGCCAGCCCCCAAGGGGCUCUAUCAGGACCCCCCAAAUUCCUGGGAGGAGGGGGCCCUGGCUGACCUGGCAUUGUAUGCGGCUGCCUGCCUGGAAGAGGCUGGCUUUGCGGGGACCCAGGCAACAGCCCUCACACUGUCCUCAGCCCUGGAGGCCCGGGGGGAGCGUCUGGAGGAGCAGGUGUAUGCCCUGGUGCGCGGGCUGCUGGCACAGGUGCCCAGCCUGGCCGAGGGGAGGCCCCGGCAGGCGGCCCUCCGGGUACUGAGUGCGCUGGCCCUGGAGCAUGCUCGGGAGGUGGUGUGUGCGCUGUUGCCCAGCUCGCUGCCCCCGGACCGGGUGGCUGCUGAGCUGUGGCGCAGCCUGAGCCGAAACCAGCGCGUGAAUGGGCAGGUGCUGGUACAGCUGCUGUGGGCACUGAAGGGCGGAGCCGGGCCCGAGCCGGACGCACUGGCGGCCACUCGUGCCCUUGGGGAGAUGCUGGCUGUGUCCGGCUGCGUAGGCGCCACUCGGGGCUUCUACCCACACCUCCUGCUCGUGCUGGUCACCCAGCUGCACCAGCUGGCGCGGCGCGCGUCCUCCCCUGUCACCCCCAAAGCUUGGACCCCAUCGGACAGAGGGCCGCCACACAGCCACGCCAGCUGCGCUGUGGAGGCCCUGAAGGCCUUGCUCACCGGGGACGGCGGCCGCAUGGUGGUCACGUGCAUGGAACAGGCUGGAGGCUGGAGGAGGCUGGUGGGAGCCCACACCCACCUCGAAGGCGUCCUGCUGCUGGCCAGUGCCAUGGUGGCCCACGCGGACCACCACCUGCGAGGCCUGUUCGGGAACUUGUUGCCCCGGCUGCGCAGCGCCGACGACACGCGGCGCCUCACGGCUAUGGCCUUCUUCACCGGGCUGCUGCAGAGUCGGCCCACGGCAGGGCUUCUGCGGGAAGAGGUCAUCCUGGAGCGGCUCCGCGCCUGGCAGGGCGACCCCGAGCCCACCGUGCGCUGGCUGGGCCUGCUCGGCCUAGGCCACCUGGCGCUGAGCCGCGGGAAGGUGAAGGGCGGGGCCCGGCUGCUGCCCGCGCUACUGGGCGCGCUGGGCGAGGGCGACGCGCGGCUCGUGGACGCCGCGCUGGGCGCGCUGCGGCGGCUCCUGCUGCGGCCUCGGGCGCCCGUGCGGCUGCUGAGCGCCGAGCUGGGGCCGCGCCUCCCGCCGCUGCUGGACGACGCCCGGGACUCGGUCCGCGCCUCGGCUGUUGGACUUCUCGGGACGCUGGUGCGCCGGGGCCGGGGCGGGCUCCAGGUGGGGCUCCGCGGCCCCCUGCGGAAGCUGGUGCUGCAGAGCCUCGUGCCGCUGCUCUUGCGCCUGCAAGAUCCCAGCAGGGACGCCGCUGAGAGUUCAGAGUGGACCCUGGCCCGCUGUGAUCACGCCCUCCGUUGGGGCCUGCUGGAGGAGAUGGUCACCGUGGCCCACUACGACAGCCCUGAGGCCCUAAGCCGCAUCUGCCACUGCCUGGUUCAGCAGUACCCGAGUCACAUACCCAGCUUCCUGAGCCAGACCCAGGGCUACCUGCGGAGCCCGCAGGACCCCUUGCGCUGGGCAGCUGCUGUGCUCCUAGGCUUCCUCGUCCAUCACACAAGCCCCAGCCGGGUCAACCAGGACCUGCUGGACUCCCUGUUCCAGGACCUGGGGCAGCUGCAGAAUGAUCCAGAGCCAGCCGUCGUCGCCGCGGCUCAAGUGUCCGCCCAACAGGUGGCGCUGCUGGCCCGCGCACAGCCGGGGCCCCGCCUCCCGCGUCUCCUCCGCCUGGGCCUCUGGCGCCGCGCGGGUCCCCACCGACCCCCACCAGUCUACGCGAGCAGUCCAUUCCAGCCCCGGAGCGUCGUGGGGCGCUGGGGCUGCUUGGGAUCCGGCUGUGCCUGACCCCAAGCCAGCCCGCAGGGUACCUGGGUCUGAGGCAGGCACCGCACUGCUCUGUGGUUCAUCCUGGGUGGGGGGUG